UUAUCAGGAAAAGUGUAUUUAAAAGUGGACUAAUCCUUUAAGGACUACAACAAACAUAUUUAUAUUUAUAUAUUUUUUUACUUUAUUUUUUACAUAAGAGUGCUAAAUUUGAUCAUUCAAUCAAUGUCAUUAAUAUUUAAAGACAAAGUAGAGGCAUUUGUUAUUGUGAAACUUCCAAACAUUUGGUAUCUCUGAAAAGCCCUGAAUCUGCUCUUUACAGGACUUCCUUAAAACGGUGACACGUACAGUGUCAGAGACAUUUGCUAAUAAAUAGCGUCCACUACAGCAGAUAAAAGUCUAUGCUGGGGUCUCAGGAUAUCAUUCAUGUAAUAUUAGUAGCUGGAUCUGUUAUUCAGACUCAUAACUUCAUUAUUUCCUGUCUGUAUCAAAGAGAAUGACAUUUAAUGUGACUUCAUUGUUCUGAACAAACUCAAGACGAAACACUUGCAUCUUCUGUCAGGCUCAUGAAAUGGAUACAGUCAAUGAUAAUUCUGGUUUCAUGCUUUUAACAGCUGCUUCAGAUGAAGAAUGCUCUCAGUACAAAGGUAACUCCACUGAAGAGCACAAGAGAGGGGUCAUUUCUCCUAAGUGGACUAAAGUUCUUCUGGCUCUUCUGGGUUUCUCUCUUGUUUUUGCUCUCGGAGGUCUCUGCACUUUCUGGAGACUUUAUAAUCAUAAACUUGCUGAUUUCGAAUCACUGAAUGAGCAGCACAUCAUGGUUUCAAAGCAGCUGGAAGCUCAAGAGAUCAACAGCACAGUUAUGAUAAGGGAACUAGAGGAACUUAAAACCAACUACACCAGAGUUAAAGAACAGCUUCUGCUUCACGUUGAUGGCUGGAAAGUUCAUCGUGGAAAGCUGUAUUUUUUCAGCUCUGAUAAACUGAACUGGUUGAGCAGUCGAGAUGUCUGUCUUUCUAAAGGAGCCGAUCUGGUCACCAUAACCAGCAAAUCAGAACAGGAUUUCCUGGUCUCUAAAACUAGUGCGUCGCACUGGCUUGGUCUUCAUGAUCUGGACACUGAAGGACACUGGGUUUGGGUGAACAACAAAACUCUCAAUGAAACUGGAGUACAGUUCUGGUUCAGUGGGGAUCCAAAACAACCGAAUAACCGGAGAACAGAUGAUCCGUCUGGAGAGAAUUGUGCUUAUAUGGCAAAAAGCGACGGCUCUUGGUAUGAUGCUUCUUGUAAAACACAGAUAUAUUUUAUCUGUGAAAAGGAAUAUUAAUUUACCUCAAUCAGUGGUACUGUAUGUUAUUAAAGAGUUAUCAUGUAUAUUAUGCACAUAAAGAAAUAUAUAUUGUCAGCAAAUUUCAGACAUUUCAGAGUGAUUGUGGCAGAUUUUUGUCCAAAAAUAUUGUUGAUGAAACUGUGCUGUGGUCAGCAGGUGGCAAUUUCGACUUUUUAUCUCAUUAUUAUGAUUUUUAAAGUCAUAAUUUCUUUUAUGUUGAAAUGACUUUUAUGUUGAAAUGUAUUCAAAGUUUCCAUUGUCUGUUUUUCCUUCCUGUGUUUGGUUUGUUUCUUUGAUAACCUUGUUAGUUCCUUUGCUCACCAUCAUCAGCCACACCUGUAGUUAAUCAUCCUUGAUUUCCUUGUGUAUUUAAACCCUUGUGAUUCAGCCAUGUUUUGUUAGUCAUUGUUUGCUUUCAUGGUGUUCGGUCAAGGCCAAGGGUGCCUGGAUGUCGUUAUUUGCUCUUUUGUGUUCAUGUGGACUAUUUGCCUGUUUUGCAGUCAGGAUUAUCUGUGUUUUUGUCUUUUGUUAUUAAAGUUGAGCGAGCACUUGGA